CUUUGAUAGCUGGGGGCCACUCCAGACUUUGCUAACGAGCUUUUGUCCCAUGGCACUGGUCGGCAUACCUGCACGAGCGCUUCCAGGGGCAGGCCAUGGUCACAAGAGCUACAGCAGCUGUGUGCUGAGAGGAUGUGGUGGCGCGAGAAGUGCCAGCACCACUGGAUCACAUCAGCCAUCCUGUAGGCCCUAUAGGCUUGUGGGUGCCAGUGCGGCACUCAUCAGCUGGCAGAUGGGUCGCAGACAUUGGAAGGUGCACCGGGCCGCCAAGUCGGCCUCGACUCCAGGAAAAUUGCGGUCGUGGUGGGCGCUCCAGUCUUCAAGCCAAAGUGAAGUUGAACGUGAUGAAAGGGGUGAAAGCAGAGUAAGUGAAGGUGAAAGCAUAGGAGCCGUGCAGUUCGAACUAGUUGGAGGACCAGAAGAGCUAGACUCAACAGAUGUAUUGUUGUAUUUGAGUGACAUUGAUUUUUCGGCAUCGUCUAUUCCAAGCUCGCAGUAUCCAAGCUUGGUGGCUGCAGGUUUUGAGCUCUGGACUUGUUUCCUUCCGGGCGAUGAUGUCAAGACUGGCUUUGCUGAGAUGUUACGUUCAAUCGAAACUUGGUUGAAUCGCAAGGGACCUCAGCGAGUCAUUCUCAUCGGUGAAGGCUUUGGAGGCCUUUUGGCCUUGGCUCUCGCGUUACGCUUUGGACGAAGCUUGAAGGGUCUAGCGAUGGUGAACCCGACAACUGGCUAUGUGCAACAGCCCUGGAGUCAGUUGCGGCCUGCACUGCCCGUGGGACCUUUGUCAGAUUUGUUGACGAUGCCGAGCCCUGAAGGAGAUCUCGCUACGAUUUCUCAAGGCGUCACUGGAACACUGGGACUGCGCUCUGCAUCUGCAGCAGCUCGAGCUGGGACGUUGAAAUUUCGCUUGAAGGCUUGGCUCAGAGAUGGCUGGGAGACCGUGCGAUCUGAGCUUCGCCGCCCAGCCAUUCGGACGCCACUCCCUGCCACGCUCUUGGCCUUUUCUGUUGGUGACCUUCUCUUACCUUCCAAGGAUGAAGCUCAGGCCUUGAAACCGGCCUUAGAAGAGCGUUGCUUGUCAAACAAGCUUGAAGUGAAAGAGCUGGACAGCAAUAGUCAUGAGCCAUUGGCUGGAGACAUUGACUUUGUGGAAAUGCUGGAGAAGUCCCCCAUUCUCCAGGCACCAAAGGAUCCCGUGUCUGACUUCAAGUUCCCUUCCAUGCAGAUUCUUGAAGAAGGUUCGAAAGACGUGGAGCAGUUGGCAUCCUUCGUAUCACCAGUCUUUUGCAGCUUUAGUGCCGAUUCGCCCUCACAGAGACGUUUUGGCUUACAGGGUGUUCCAGCACCAGAAGAUGUGGGAAACCGGCCAGUUUUGCUGGUUGGAAAUCAUCAACUUUUUGGUUCGGAUCUUGGUCCAUUGGUGCGUGAAUUUCUGGUGGACCGGGGGGUGUUGGCACGUGGCUUGGCCUAUCCUGGAGCCAUGCGCACCAGAGAGGGCCGAGGUCCUCCGCAGUUUCAGCGCUUUGGUGCGGUGCCAGUUUCACCGCGGAACAUCUUCAAACUCUUGCAGCGAGGUGAGAUGGUGCUCCUCUUUCCUGGUGGGAUCCGUGAGGCUCUCCAUGGUCCCGGGGAAGACUACCAACUUUUUUGGCCCAGCAAAACAGAUUUUGUUCGGGUCGCCGCUCGUUUCGAUGCAGUGGUGGUGCCAUUUGGUGGCAUUGGGGCCGAUGACAGUGCUCAGGUUCUGGCCAAUUUCGGCGAACUACGGAAGAGAGCAGAGGAUGUUGUUCCUUUCAUGGCCCGUAGCCAGAAGCGUUCUGGCGGACUAAUGCCGGUGUCAGAGUCUUUGGAGGGAGGUCUUGGAUUUCCGAUCAUUGCUCCAAGACCAAUCCCAGCUACACAAACAAAUCCGGGAUUUGGAGAUCGUUUCUAUUUCAGCUUCGGCAAGCCCGUCGAUCUGAAAGAUGUCAAUCCAAAGGACAGAAAUGCUUGUGCCAAAGCAUAUUCUGAAAUCCGAGGUGCUGUUGAGCAGGAGUUGGCCUGGCUGCAAGAAGCUCGCCAACAGGACCCCUACAGGGAUUUCGCAAAACGUCAGCUAUAUGAGCGCGUCGCUUCUUUGGAAGGCCCCUCACGUCGAAUCCCAGCAGGUCCUCUGAAAGGUGAGCUUGUGAAGAGCUAUGCGAAGCGGGCACCCUCGUUCAAGAUCGAUCAACUGGCCACGCCUGCCGAGAAAAUGGACAUCGAGUCUUUUGAGGCUGAGCCAGAAAGCAUCGCAACGCCAUAACGCCUGGCAACCUGUCUUCCUUUUUCGUCAUUCAAGACAUUCACAUUUCUUGACCCCUUCCUUCAAUGAUU